AUGGUUGCAGAAACGAAACUCUACGAUGCCCUCUCGAUCAGGCCCGAUGCCUCGCAGGACGAGAUUAAGAAAGCUUACCGUAAGGCGGCAUUGAAGUACCACCCCGACAAGAACAAGGAUAACCCGACCGCUUCGGAAAAGUUCAAAGAGGUGUCCCAGGCAUACGAGGUUCUUUCCGACCCUGAAAAACGAAAAGUCUAUGACCAAUUCGGCCUUGAAUAUCUCCUUCGUGGCGGACCCCCGCCGUCCAGCGGCGGCGGUGGUGCAGACGGCCCCAACCCCUUCGAAGGUGGCAUGCCCGGCGGCUUCUCGUUCGGCGGCAUGCCUGGCGGCGGCGGUGGCGGUACCCGGACAUUCCACUUCUCGACUGGUCCCGGCGGCGGCGGCAGCGGGUUCCGGUUCAGCAAUGCAGACGAUAUCUUCCGGAACUUUGCCAAAGGCAGCAUGGGCGGUAUGGGUGGUGGUAUGGGCGGCGGUAUGGAUGAUGACGAUAUCUUCUCGAUGCUGGGAGGUGGGCUCGGCGGCGGUCGGAACUUCCGGAAUAGUCGCGGGCCUAGCGGAUUCAAGCAAUCAUCGCAGCGCGCGCCUACGCCCGAGCCUACAGUCAUGGAGAAGGAGCUGCCGCUGACGCUGGAGGAGCUGAUGCGCGGUACGACCAAGAAGGUGUCUGUCAAGAGUAAGACCUUUGAUGCGAGCGGCAAGCGCACCGUGCAGGAUGUGACGCUGGAAGCGAAUAUCAAGCCGGGUCUGCGGACCGGCUCGAAGAUCAAGUACCGGGGAGUAGGCGAUCAAGAGGAGGGUGGUCGGCAGGACGUACAUCUGAUUGUGACUGAGAAAGAACACCCCAACUUCAAACGCCAAGGCGACAACCUCGUCACAACAGUCGAGCUCAGUCUGAAAGAAGCGCUGACCGGCUGGGAGCGCAUCGUGCGCACAAUUGACGGCAAGUCCAUCCGAGUUUCCAAGCCCGGCCCGACACAGCCUGGACACGAAGAAAGAUUCCCAGGACUGGGCAUGACGAUCUCGAAGAAGCCCAGCGAGCGCGGCGAUCUGGUGGUUCGGGUGAAUGUGCGGUUCCCUGCUAGCCUGAGCGCGUCGCAGAAGGACAUUCUCAAGGACGUUCUCCCGUGA